AUGAACCGGCAGGUGCGCCAAUUGCUCGGCGUCAACAAGCCCGUGCUGGAGUUCGCCGUCUUUUGUCACCAAGACGAAACGCUUUGGCCCUUUGAGGAAGCAAAAUCGCUGAAGGCGAAGUUCGACGAGAUCUUCCAAUCGGCAGAAUACGUCAAAUCGCUGGAGCAAGUGAAGAAAGUCUACAAAGAAGCAAAUGCGACGAUAAAUGUUCAACAGGAACGCGUCAACGGGCAAAAAUUCAAAAUGGAAGAGUAUUUGAAGCGACAAGAUACGAUUCAAAAGUACAGCGACGAAGUCGUGGAGUCGAAGAAAAUCAUCAGAGAGCUUACAAGCGAGCUAGAAAAGGUAGAAGAAGAAGAAGAGUCCCUUGUCGAUGUCGUAAAAGAGCACAAGGAAAAAAUGGAUGCGGUGAAUACGCUGAGAUCUCGCUGCCAAGAAAUUCAUGCCGAUUUGAAGCACUUUCAAGAAAUGAAAGGGAUCGAAAAAAUCGUUGAAGAUUACAACGAAUCCUUGGAAGGAAUCGACGAAGCGAUUCAAAACUCGGACAAAGGCGAUGAUCGGGAACAACUGGAAGGUGAAAUCGCGGAGCGACAGGAACAGAAAGCCUCGCUCGAUGAAAGAAUCAAGACGCUGAGAAGCAGCUUCGAUAAGGAAGUGAUGAAGAGCCAACAGUUCGAAAAGGACGAAAAGAACAUGGCCGCUUUGUUCGAAAGAGAAGCGGCACGAUUCCCGAAUGUAGAGCGACUCGGCCCAUUGAGUGAAAAAGAGAACCAGGAGGAUUUCAUCGAGGGCGUUUCUGAAGUCUUGCUUUUUCAAAAAGAGCAGAUCGCGGAAUUUGAAAAGAACCGCGACGACGAAAUUGGCCAAAACGACGAAAAGGCGAAGAAUAAUUCGGUCGAACGGACGAAACUGGAAACUACGAUUUCGUUGAAGAAGAAACAAAUGCAAGAUAAAAGGAAAAAGAUUCAGGAGAUUGAAGAGCAACUCCGAUCGUCCUCGCAAAUUGCCGAUCGCCACGGUCGAUUUUUGAGAAAACGCGACGCUUUGGAAAAAGACUAUAAUGCGGUCGAUUGGGAGGGCGUAUUUGAAGAAAUAGAAACUUCCUUGACAAAGGCUUCAGAUGAAAAAGACACUCUUUCUCAACAAAAAGAACAGCUCGAGGAAGAAGAGGAAAAGAGCCAACAGAUGGAGGACCUUUUGCGCGAAAAGAAGUCGAAAGAAGCCGAAAUUUCAAGGAUGGAAAGCGAAGUCAGAAAGUCAAGUGAUAUUCUGACGGAGAUCUUCAGCCAAAUCGACGGUUUUACCGACCUAGAUGAUGUUUCCAAAGACGACCUGGAAUCGUGGUCGAUGAAAUACUCCAAGGAUUUUUCUCGAAACGAAGAUGCUCUCAAGCGGCAAGUGCAAGCUCUCUUCCAAAAGCAGUCUGAUGAAAAGACGCUGAAAAAGGAACUGGUCAAAGUUCAAACUCGCCUAGUUACGAACAGGGAAAAGAUCGAAUCCGAGAUUCUCGGAGAACUGGCAGACGAACGAUCGAAGCUCAGCGAACUAACCUCCGAAGAAACUGAGCUUUCGGAAAAAGUGCAAGCAAUGGAAGAGGGAAAGAAGCUCUUCAAGCAAUUUCUCAGCUCCGUUGAAAAGAAGAAGAGCUGUCCUGUUUGUACGAAUGGGCUGAGUGGUGAUAAGUUGAACAAAACCAUCGAUUACUGCAAGUCAAACAUGAGCUUCAAGAAUGGACCCCAGCUUAAGUCGGAUUUGGACGAUCUCCGCUCAGAUAUCGAGAAGAAAAAGACCCACAUCACUGUCCUUGAAGAAAUCGAAAGGGACGAAGCCGAGGAAGCAAAGAUCACUGCACAGCAAAAGACCCUCAAGAGCCAAAUACUCAAGCUCAACGAAGACAAGAUCAAGCUCGAGAAAAAAAAGAAGAGCUUGGAAACAAUCAAGAACAAACUGCAAUUGACAGCAUUUGACCAGUUUGAGAUCUUCACAUCAGCGAGUCAGCAGUUGAAUCCAGUCAAAGCGCGGCUGGUCAAAAUCGAACGUGAAUUGACGCAAAUGGGGGUGGAGACGCAAAAGAGCGUCGUCGACGUCCGAAAUGAGCUCAAAUCCGUCAAGGACGAAAUCAAGCAACUAGAAGCAGCUGAAAGCGACCUUCGUCAACGACAAAGUCAGCUCUCCACGAAGCAGCGAACGCUAAACGAGCAAUUGAAUAAAACUCGUGAAGAAAUCGCCAAGUUGGAAAAAUCGAUGGGAUCGAACUCGGAAGAGAUGAUUCAACAAAAGAGCCAACUUGAAUCUGAAGUAGCUAGAAUCCAGGCGGAAAUCGAUAGCGCCAACGAGCACCUCAAGGAUAUAGGAAAAGAACAGAGCCUUUUGCGAGCUGAAAAUCAACGAAUUCGACAGAGCUUCGACCAAAAAAUCAACAAGGCGAAAGUCGCGUGUGAAAAAUUGCCGCUUGCGUUACUUCACUCAAGAACUCCUUCAAGCAACAUCAAGAAAGAUACCAGAGCUUCUCGAAAGAACGAGCUGAAGAAGCAAAACAACAAGUCACGGAGCAAAUCCAGGAGGCUGAAAAAGAACUUGUCGAGACGAGGCGAGUUUGAAGUGCGGAAGUCAAAGUUGCAAAAUGCUAGAGCUCUUUUGGUCAAGCAAACGGAGCUAGACGAGACUGCUGAUUCUUAUACAAAAGCAAAGGAGGAAUACAAAGCAUUCGAAAGCUAUUUGCAUGAGGCCGGAUAUUGUGAAGGAAACAACCUCGCCGAGAGGCUAGAAAAUACGAGAGUGAAACGAGAAGAGAUUCUUGACGGGCGAUCAAGAGCGGAAGGCGCAAAGACGCAAAAGAUGGAAAUGAUCUCACGUUUGCAAGCAGCGAAUGCGGAAGACGGAGAAGAUCAGGAAAAGGAGUUUUACUUGACCCAGUUGCAGCUUCAAGUCGACAAGGCAUUCGCCAGGGAUUUGGACAAGUUUUCUCAGGCCUUGGGAACGGCGAUCAUCGAUGUUCAUCAGAAACAGAUGCAGAAGCUCAACGCAAUCAUUGCUCAGCUCUGGAAGACCUCCUACCAGGGAACGGACAUUGAGUUCAUCAGUAUCAGCGCUAAGGAUAGUAAGACGUCAGCUUCGCAGCGAUCAAACAUGGAGUACUGCGUGAACAUGCACCGACCAGAUGGAGCAGUUCUGUCAAUGCGUGGCCGAGCAUCAGCUGGUCAAAGAAUGCUCGCCUCGCUCGUCAUUCGUCUUGCUUUGAUGGAGACCUUCUGCAACUCCGGAAUUCUGACGCUCGACGAACCAACGACCAAUUUGGACAAAGACGCGAUCAGAAGAUUUGCGGAAACCGUUGUCGAUCUCGCCAAGACUGCUCGAGGAUAUAAUCUCAAAACGCAGUUUGUGAUCAUCACCCACGACAAAGAAUUCACAGACAUUCUUACUGACCUUGCUGAAGUCCAAUGUGCUUACAAGCUUGAGAAAUCGCUUGAAGGAUAUACCGUCGCAAGAAGAAUCGGCGACGAAGAAAAUGUCCCGCCGAACCAAGACCCGGAUAAUGACGAUUACGGAUUCUUUUGA